AUGGCGGCGAGGCCUGCAGAAACAUACCGCCCUGGAUACGGAAACGCCGGGGUUGCGCCUCUUCCUAGACAUCUAGAGGCUCGAGGAAUAUCUUCCAGCCGUGCUACUAGUAGCUCUAGCCGCGGUAGCUCCAUUUUACCGACCUCCAGUUCGCAGGUCUCCAGUUCACAGACCAAUCGAUCAUACGAACCGUCUAUAAUGUCUGCCGAUUCGUGUCAAGAAGUGGCUGACGGGUUAAUGUCCCUCAGAUACGAAAUUCAAGACAUGGGUCAACGUAUUGAGGAUUUGAUCGCUCUCAGAAAGCAGCAAUCUCAUAGAGCGAAGAGAGUGAACGAAGAGGAGUAUGAGCAGGCCUUGAACUCCCCGUCCAUGAUUGUCCUCUAUGAAGACUACAAGCUGGCAGUAAAAUAUUCUGUUGAUUGCCAACGGGCUGUCUUCCAAAGGAGAGCCGCCUUUUCUCAUAAUUACAACCGCGCAACAGAGAAUGAUCAGCUGGAGAUAUAUGCCCUACAGGAAAAAUGGGUGAGGGCCGCGAUCAAUGCCGCUGAAAAGAGAUUGAACUACUUGCAACAGUAUCCCUUUGCCUACAGGGAUAAAGGGGCAAUUAUUGGCCAUGUCGAAGCUGCGAAUACACUUCUCAACAGUGCAUGGAAUGGCUUGCGCCAAAUUGAGAGAAACAAGGAGGUAUACGGCUUACGUGAAGUCACCACUGAAGACGUUCAGAAAGCAUGCGAUGUAGCAUCUAAGACGUAUGCAAAGAAGAUCUUGAACUGGCCAGACGGCAGACUCGAGAAGCCGAAGAUCUUCAAAGUUGAGAGCCACGAUGAAGAAAUAAGAAAUGUGGACGAUUGCAUUGAACGAUUUAUUGGUCAUCUCCAUGACGUCUUUGAGGUGUCACCACCAAAAGACCUGCCCAUCUACCCUCACGCGUUCGUUGUUAUGGAUGGAAGCUGCUUGAAGGCUGAUGCGACUGCUACUCUGGUUCUUGCGCAUAAACCGGAAGAUGAAUGGAGAGUCCAGCAUUGCUCUAUGCCCAUUGAGGUUGAGCUUGGUUUGGCGGUUGAGAGCUUAAGAUUGGGCGAUGUGACGGAAGCGGAUAUGCUUGAUAAGUUUACCAACUAA